AUGUACGAUCUGGUGGCAGGCCAAAAACUGCUCAAGAGUAGCUACAUACUUUCAAAGUCGAAGGCCUUGGAAUUGUUUCCAAUGUUGAAAAGCAAUCAGUUGAAAGGAGCCAUUGUUUAUUAUGAUGGACAGCACGAUGAUGCACGCAUGUGUUUGGCUCUGGCGCUGACAGCAGCACGAUAUGGAGCCAACGUCGCCAAUCACACUGAGGUCAUUAAACUUGUUAAAAGGAAGCAAGGGGAUAAGGAAGUGAUGGCCGGCGCUAUCGUCAAAGACAACAUAACAGGGAAACAGUUUGAAAUAAAAGCGAAAUGUGUAGUGAACGCCACGGGUCCAUAUACUGAUUUCAUCAGGCAGCUGGAUGACAAGCAGGCUUCAAAAAUAUGCCAACCGAGUUCUGUCCGUCGAACAUGGGUCUCCUGGAUCCAGCCACAUCGGACGGAAGAGUUAUUUUCUUCCUACCCUGGCUCAACUCUACAAUGGCGGGCAUGCACAACUGACAUUCCAUGUGAGGUGACUGACCACCCAUCUCCAACAGAGGCUGAGGUUCAGUUCAUACUUCAUGAAAUCAAAAAUUAUUUGAACCCCGACAUCAAUGUUCGCAGAGGUGACGUUCUGUCGGCCUGGAGUGGCAUACGACCCCUGGUUCUUGAUCCAAAUGCUAAAAACACCCAAUCCGUCGCUAGGAACCACAUCAUUGACGUCAGUGACACAAACCUCGUUACAAUAGCUGGAGGUAAAUGGACAACGUACAGACACAUGGCAGAAGAGACAGUCAACAAGUGUGUGGAAGUGUGUCAGCUGACGACACAAAAUGGCUGUUUGACGAAGGGUUUGUUACUGGAUGGAGCCCACAAGUGGACCCCCACUCUCUUCAUCAGACUCAUUCAAGAUUAUGGGCUGGAUAACGAUGUGGCGCAACACCUUGCAAGAACGUAUGGAGAUCAUUCAUUUUCUGUGGCUAAGUUGGCGCAACCUACAGGUAAGAGGUGGCCGGUGGUUGGCAGAAGACUUCACCAAGACUAUCCCUACAUAGAAGCUGAGGUGAAGUAUGCUGUGAAAGAAUAUGCAGAGAGGGCUCUGGAUGUGAUUGCAAGGAGAACGAGACUUUCAUUUCUUAAUGUCCAGGCGGCCGAAGAAGUCCUACCACGCGUUGUUGAAAUUAUGUCCGUGGAACUCAACUGGUCCAAACAAAGACAAGAGGAAGAAUUAAAAAGAGCAAAAGAUUUCUUAUCGAAAGAAAUGGGUCUAAAUUUAAAGACUGAAUUGGAAAAAGCCCAACUUCAGUUUACAACUGAAGAAGUGAGUUUUUACACAAAUAAGUUCAAAGUUUUGGAUGCUGAUAACAAAGGGUACAUUACCGUAAAUGAUCUCAGAAACCAUUUUAAGUUGAUGAGCAUCAUGAGGCAUGGAUCGAUAGCAGCUAAGAAGCGAGAAAGUGAUGAUGACAAGGUGCUCAAACCGAUCAGCAUUGCUCGAAGUGGUGGAGGAGUAUAA